AUGACAUCGUCUCAUGAUAAUACGUUGAAACAGAAAAGUUCUGAUACAAAAUCGGAGAAUUUAUUAGCAAAACGUUUUCUUGGAUUAGAAAAAAAUAUUUGGAUUGAAUUUAGCGCAUUGGCUAUUGCGCAUAAAGCUGUCAAUGUAGGUCAAGGAUUCAUUGAUUAUGCACCACCACAUUAUUUUAUUGACUUAUACAAGGAAACUCUUGAUGAUCCUAACAUACUUUUACAUCAGUAUACACGUGGAUAUGGCCAUCGGCGAUUAGUUGAUGCUAUCUCAAAUGUCUAUUCGCCAUAUUUCAAUCGAAAAAUCGAUCCAUUGAAUGAAGUUCUUAUUACAGGUGGUGCUUAUCCGUCACUUUUUAAUUGUAUUCAUGCUUUUGUUAAUCCUGGUGAUGAAGUUAUUCUAAUUGAACCAUUUUUCGAUUGUUAUGAACCAAUGGUCCGCUCAGCCGGUGGCAUUCCACGGUGUAUAGCACUUAAACCGAAACCUGAAUCAACUCAAGCUGAUUGUUCAUCGAGUUCUGAUUGGAUACUCGACAAAAAAGAAUUAGAAUCACUAUUUAAUCCUCGUACUCGGCUUAUUCUAACGAAUACACCAAAUAAUCCAGUUGGAAAAGUUUUUACACAAGAAGAACUUGAACAUAUUGCAUGUUUAUGCCAAAAACAUGAUGUUAUUUGUAUAUCCGAUGAAGUUUAUGAAUGGAUAGUUUAUGACGAAAAUAAAAAACAUAUACGCAUGUCAACAUUACCAAAUAUGUGGGAACGAACAUUAACAAUAGGAAGUGCAGGAAAAACCUUUUCAUCAACCGGUUUAAAACUAGGCUGGACCAUUGGACCAUCAAAUCUAGUUCGCGGAUGUCAAAUUGUUCAUCAAGAUUGUGUUUAUACAUGUCCAACAAUAUCACAAGAAGUUGUUGCACGUUGUUUUGAAUAUGAAUUAAAACGUUUAAAUUCUCCGGAAUGCUAUUUUAAUUAUAUAUCUAAAGAAUUACUUGAAAAACGUGAUAAACUUGUUCAAGUUUUAAAAGAAUGUGGAAUGAAACCAGUGAUACCUGAUGGAGGAUAUUUUAUACUCGCUGAUUUCAGUGAAUUUGGCGAUCAAUUCCAAUCGGAUGCUGAUGAUAUGAAAGAUUUCAAAUUUGUUCGACAUUUAACGAAAGAAAAACAACUUGCUACUAUUCCUGUGACUGGUUUUUAUACAGCUGAUGAUCGUCAUUUAGCUGAAAAUUAUAUUCGAUUUUGCUUUGCUAAAAAAGAUGAAACACUCGAUAAAGCAAUUGAAAUCCUUCGAAAGCUUAAAGCAAAUUAA